AUGGAUUCACUUUCACAACCACGGCAGCUUCACAUCUUUUUCCUUCCACAGAUGGCUGAUAAAAUCAUCAAUCCAACCACAGAUAUGGCCAGAAUAUUUGCCAGGGAAGGGUUGAAGGCAAAUAUCAUUUCUACACACCUCAACGCUCCUUUCGUUUCUUCGAAGAUUGAGAAAGAUAGACAACUUGGUCUGGAGAUCAGUGUUCGCUUAAUAAAAUUUCCUUGUUUGAAGGCCGGGCUGCCAGAAGGAUGUGAAAAUCUACAUUUCAUUGUUUCACCAGAAAUGGCUAUUAAUUUUAAGAUAGCUCACAUCCUGCUUCGACAACCUGUCGAAGAACUUCUACAAGAGUGCCACCCCAAUUGCCUUGUAUCAGAUCGAUUUUUUCCAUGGGCUACAGAAGUUGCAGGCAAGCUUGGAAUCCCAAGGUGA